AUGGUCGGAUAUCGCGACAACGCAGAUGAUCCCGCAUCCGAGACUCUACCUCUCUCGGAUGAAGAGACAGCGCUUGGGGCCCGAAGCCCAGAGUUGCACGUCCAGUCUACCCCGGAUUCACCCUCCUCGACCGCGCUCCCGAUCCCUGUGUGGCUACGAGAAUCGGCCAAUUCCUUCAAGUACAAAUGGGUGCCCCUACCUCUGCGAAAAGCGGGCAGGGCAAUCGUAACAUGGGUAAAGGGUCCGGUUCCUCCCCGAGUUCUCAAGAUUGAGCCAAUAUACCCCAAGAUUCAGCAAGCGCCUAUCAGACUGUUGGAUAGAUAUGCGCCGAAGAAAAAACACCGAGUCAUCCUGCUCAUGGCACUCUACGUUUGCUGGUUUCUUACGUGGUCGCUCAUGCUCAAGAAUCACUCUACCUCUGGGUUCAUCAAGGGAUACGGCAAGCCGAGUAAUCUGUGGUGCGGCGCCAGUUUCUGGAACGAAGGCAAUGGAUGCGGAUUGAAUGGGAAUAUGUGUCGGCCGUUCUCGUCGGCGCAUUUGACCUUCCGCUGUCCUGCGAAUUGCAAAGGCACUCAUCUCCUGGAAGAACACAUUGUUGGGAACCAGUCAUUGCGGUAUCAAGGGUUGGUCGUGGGCGGGCCCAGACCUGACGAACCCGACUCUAUGCCUGUCUAUCGAGCAGACAGUUUUAUAUGCCAGGCCGCCAUUCACGCGGGCAUCGUGACCGAAGCCUCCGGCGGUUGCGGAGUGGCCACGCUCAUCGGAUCUCACACAAACUUCCCGUCCACCAAGGCUAAUGGGAUUGAGAGUACGAGCUUUCUGGGGACAUUCCCGCGAUCGUUCACCUUCCAACGCCUUUCGGCGGCUCAAGCCACAUGCCCUACGGACUCGCGAUGGCCUCUCUUUGUGGUCACGGCUGUGGCGUUGGUUGUUCUCUCCAUAUUCACCACCUCGCCUGCUGUUUUCUUCUUCAGCACCUUCGUGGUCAUGUUUCUCCACGUCGGUCUCGUCUCGGACCCGCCCAAUACCGCGAACGUCUACGAAGCAAUCAGCAAACUGGUGGAACGUCUCCUUCCCGCGUCGUUCAUCACCGUCAUCCUCUAUCGCGUCGCCGCGCUGCCACUGCUCCGCGACCUAACUGCCCAGAUCGAGAAGACGGUGCUGUACUUGGGGUUCUGUUUUAUCGGCGCGCUGAACAACUAUACUUUCGCCCCCCUCAUUCCCAUAGAACGGCUGACACCACGCGACCUGGCACAACCCGGCGCUCCAUUCGCCCUUGCCCUUAUUGUCACCAUCAUCCUGGCCAUCGUCAUUUCGCAAAUCCACUUCAUCCGCAUCUCGGGCAACAUGCCCAAAUACCUCGCCAUCUACGGAGCCAUGGUUCUGACGUUGAUCAUUUUCCUCUUACUACCCAACCUACGACUGAGGAUCCAUCAUUACAUUUUAGCAAUGGUUUUUAUGCCUGGAACAUUCACUCAGACACGCGCCUGUCUAGCCUACCAGGGAUUGUUGCUGGGCCUGUUCAUCAACGGGAUCGCGCGUUGGGGGUUCGCAUCCAUCAUCCAAACCCCCGCUGCGCUGGGGGAAGCGAACGGGGGUGGCGGCAGCGGUUCGCCCGGGUCGUGGUGGGGCGCGAAAUCACCCAAUGUGACAGCCGUCGUGGCGCCAGAUAUCUCCAACAUUACAUUCAACUGGGGGCCACUGCCCAAGGACAGCGGGGUCGACGGCGUGAGCAUCCUGAUCAACGACGUCGAGCGGUGGCGCGGGUACACGGACGAAGAACUAUACUGGGACCCCGAUGGCGUGACGUUGAAGAGACGGCACGAACGGGGCGACACGGACGAUUCCCUGGAACCCGAGUUCUUCAGGUUCGCCUGGAUGAGCGGGUCCGAGACGGGGCUCUACUCGCGCGUCGGACUGUGGGAUGAACACGGACAAUGGCACGGGCCGGAAGAAGGGACCACCAAGAAUAUGGGGGUCGGGGACGAGGAGGACGACGAGGUGAGGAACUACGGAGGACCGUUUGACUUUGUCGACGAGGCCGAGGAGCAAAGAUUGCACGAGGUUGCGGAGCAGCAGCAACAGCAGCAGGAGUUGUAG